AUGGACAUCACCAAAUUCAUAGUCGGCCACCGGGAGACGGCCUUCCUAGUAGGCGACUACCGUACAUACCGGGCGCAGCUUUCGCGGCGGCUGCGAAUCGUGCGGAAGAAGCUAGGGCGAGCAACCGCCAAAAAUGCGAAAUACGCAGCAAAGGCGCCGGUGACGGCCGAGGAGAUCGGGCAGAAUAUCGAGUUCCUCCAUCUCCUUCUCCUCACAUCCGAGCGCGCAUGGGCGCAUGCCAUGUCCAUGAAAGCCUCUCAUUCCGAGGACAAUGCCGAUAAGAGCAUCACUGGCUCUACCCGACAGCAUAUCCACUCGCGAUUGCAUAAAGCAGUCGAAUGCGCAAAGGACGUGGUCCGGCUCCUUUCGGAUCAGUCCGCGAGCGCGGCCACCGACAUGGAUAUAUUGGAAGCAAGGGGAUACGCAUGUGCGUUGGCAGGAGCAGAGGAAUUCGAGAAGCAGGCGGAAGGCACUAAAUCAAACGAUGCGUCAACGAAGCGAUGGAUACCGUGCUUGACCAAGUACUCGACAGCUAGGGUGAUCUACAGCUCCCUUCUUAAAUCGACAAAGAAGGACCUGUUCAAAGAGGUACUGGCAGGAACGACCGACCCGAGCAUUCGAUAUGCCGCCUACCAGCACCGCAUUCCGCGGACCGUGGGAGUCCCGGCCGUUUCGAAGAAGUUCUUCCCUAGAGAUGAUAUCGAAUUAGUCCAGGCCGUAGAGAAGCUUGACCCUGCAGCAUUGCAGGAAGAAGAAGCAACUCCUUCAAGCUCCAAGAUCACCUGGCGUGGUAGAACAGCGAACAUAGUAGAUGCUGCCAUUGGACAGGCUCUGAUCUCCGUGGAAACUGCUUCGUCCAAGUUGACCGAAUCACUCAAGUCCUCAACGUCACCAAAGGACUCAGCUAAUGCAUAUGACGACGUCCUCAUUGCAAGCCAAGAUGCUGCUGAUGCAACGAGGAGAGCGAUCGAAGAGUUGGAAAAAGAAGGAGUCGACGAGGGAGACGCACGAAUGCAAGACCUCCGCGUGACAAGCCUUGCGGUGAACUACGACCUCAUUGCAUGGCGAGUUGGCAGAAAUAGGGUACUCAUAGGCUCAGACGACGACCUGGCAUUCUCCCCGCAUGCUCCGCAGAAACCACGGCGGCCGCGUAAAGACGGGAAAGCAUGGGUGGAGCGAGAAGAACCAACCGGGCGCAAACUUGCACGGCUAAGGGAGCGCGUUGCAUUAUACGAUGCGAUCCUUCAGAGCAUCGACUCCAUCAAGGUCUUGAGAGGUGCAGUGCGGGAUGCUCAGUUCGUCGCUGAGCUGGACGGCCAACGGGCAUAUUUUCAAGCAUUGAAGUGCCUGAACGUCUCGCACUCGCAUGCUUUUCUUUCUGCGCCCAAACAAGCCCUCGCGCUCUGCAACCGAGCUCUAUCGCUCUCCUCCCAGGCUGCGUCAUCGCCAAAGCCCUCCGCGUCGCCGACGGAUGCGCCAAAGCUGGUGGUCUCUGAAGAUCAGGCGCAGACGCUUAAGCAGAACCUGGAGCAUCUCACUUCUCACUAUCGCGGUCUCGUAGCGCUGUCACAGAUGUUCUCUAAUUCAGACAUGGCAGCGAAAGCACGGUUGACUAACGCAGCGCCUGUGGUUGAGAGGCUCAAUGAGUAUCCGGCAGCGGGGACCGUGGAUCUCGAGAACCUGGUAACUUGGCCCCCGAAGCUGAAGGCCGUUCCAGUGAAGCCGCUUUUCUUAGACGUGGCCUGGAACUACGUCGAGUAUCCUGGGCGCAUGAGCAAGACCAAGGAGACAGAGCCCGAGAAGAUGCAGGUGGACGGGGAGAAGGUGGAAGAGGCCAAGCCAGCAAAGAAGUCUGGUUGGUUCUCCUUCGGAAGAUAG